AUGCUCCAGUUGACGCCGGCGACCACCUGGCUCUUGGCACUCUCGACCGAGACCAACUUGAGGCCCGUGCCCUGGCAGGGCUUCAGUGUUGGCUCAAAAGUCAACGCGGGUGGGGAGCCGCGGCGGCGUCCCAAUGGGCGACCUCCUCCCACUCUCACCUCACCUCCUCCCACUCUCACCUCACCUCCUCCCACUCUCAUCUCACCUCCUCCCACUCUCACCUCACCUCCUCCCACUCUCACCUCACCUCCUCCCACUCUCACCUCACCUCCUCCCACUCUCACCUCACCUCCUCCCACACUCACCUCACCUCCUCCCACUCUCACCUCACCUCCUCCCACUCUCACUUCUGAUUCUAAGACGUCUCAGGCUCGACUGGCCCUAGCACACAGCAUGGCAGCAGGGGGAAAGGAGGGUUCAUCUGUGCUCACCGCGGCUCAGCUGGGGGAGGUGAUAUCUGCGCUGCAGGCGCAGGUGCAGGCUGAGGCCCUAGCACACAGCAUGGCAGCAGGGGGAAAGGAGGGUUCAUCUGUGCUCACCGCGGCUCAGCUGGGGGAGGUGAUAUCUGCGCUGCAGGCGCAGGUGCAGGCUGAGGUGGCAACGCAUCAUGACGAGCUGCUGCAGCAGCUGUCCUCGUUAAAAGACACAGAGGGCGUGCUGUCUGUGGUGCGCGCUGGAGUCGACUCGUUACUAGCCUCUGUCCAGCGCGUGCGGGCAGAGAUAGCAGACCCGUAUCAGGCCAUUCAGGUGAAGACACGUCAGCUGGCAGCUCUGUACGACACCAUGGAGCUGCUGCGAGCCGUCAUUAAGUACCUCAAACUGGUGCGGAAGCUGAGGGAGCAUUUGAGUGGGGGAGUGGAGAAGGCGGAGCUGGGGAAGGCGGGGCAGGUGUGGCAGGAGGUGGGGGCGGUGCACAGGGAGGCGCAGCUGGGGGGGGUGCAUGUGGUGGAGGCGCAGCACGAGUGGGUGGCGGAGGCAGGGCAGGCUAUCAGGAGGGAGGCAAUGCGGGCGCUGGAGGGGGGCAUGGAGGCGAUGAACCAGGCUGAAGUGGGCAGCGUGCUGCAGCUGAGGCAGACGGUGGAUCAGCUAGUAGCGAAGCACAAGGGGCAGGCCAUGCGAGCAGUGGCCACAGGGCUAGACAUGAAGGCUAUCAGCGCCAGCAUGGGAGCUUCAGGCGGCGGAGGAGGGAUGGGCGGGUCAGUAGGCGGACCAGUUUUCCCCUUUCUUCAAGUCAAGAACAUCGUCUUCAUUUUUUUCUCCCGUUUCUUUAGAAUUCUCAAGAAAAUAAUGCUUUCUGCAACGUGCAGCGGCACUCAACUGGUGGCCUUUAGAGCAAGGGAGCCCCCAUAUCUCCUCGCCCUCCCUACUCCCCACCAUCUCCCCCUUUCCCCCCCCCACCCCUCCCCCGUCACCACCAACCUCCCUCGUACUUAUCCCCUUGGUGCCCCCCUCUCUUCCUUCCUUCCCCACCAGGAGGAGCCAUGCACAGAGGCAAUCCCCCAAUGGGCGGCGUCCCCAGAGCCCAGGAGGCGCU